CGGAGCUCCAAGCCACGCAGCAAACUGCAAACCCGAGCACACCACCACCAUUAUUAGCUGCCACUCGAAGAGGAAAGGAAGCAUCUUGAUCCAUCUUGAGUGGUAGGGUCCAGCAGGAGCGAGCGGCGAGCCAUGGAGAAGGCGGCCGAGAAUGCGAGCCAGGCGGCGGCGCCGCUGAAGCUGUUCGGGUCGUGGGCGAGCUCCUACACGCACCGCGUGCAGCUGGCGCUGCGCCUCAAGGGGCUGGACUUCGAGUACGCGGAGGAGGACCUCGGGAGCAAGAGCGCCGAGCUGCUGCGCCACAACCCCGUGUACAAGAAGGUGCCCGUGCUCGUCCACGGCGGCCGCGCGCUCCCGGAGUCCGUCAUCAUCCUCCAGUACCUCGACGACGCCUGGCCGGAGACCCGCCCGCUCCUCCCCGCCGACGCCUUCGACCGCGCGCUCGCGCGCUUCUGGUGCCACUUCGCCGACGACAAGCUCGGGCCGGCGGUGGGCGCGGUGUUCGCGUCGACGGGGGAGGACCAGGAGGCGGCGGUGCGCCAGGUGCACGAGAACCUCGCCCUGAUCGAGGCGGAGCUCCGCGACGGCGCGUUCAGGGGCCGGCGCUUCUUCGGCGGCGGCGAGGUGGGCCUCCUGGACGUCGUCCUCGGCUGCGGCUCCUACUGGCUCGCCGUGUUCGAGGAGGUGACCGGGGUGCGCCUCGUGGACGCCGACGCGUUCCCGCUCUUCCACGCCUGGCUGCGCGACUUCGAGGCCCUGGACGAGGUCCGCGAGACCAUCCCCGCCGUCGACCGCCUGCUCGAGUACGCCCGCGGCGUGCGCCACAUGCUGCUCGGCCACGCCGGCGCCGGCGCCGCGGCCGCCACCCCGGCCGAGGCGCCUGCUCCGGCUCCCGCGGCUGACAUCGCCGUUGACAUCUGAUCGUUCCACAGGACGCCGCCGUGCGGGCGCCGUCCGGCUGCUGGUGAUCAGUAGCUAGGUAGCUAGUAGCAGUAUGAUUUGCCGUGUCGAUGGCGCCAUGUGAGGCGUGCGGGGGACUGUUGAGGCUGCGUGCCCGCCCGGAGUGCGCGCCUCUGCGUUCAGUGCUCACGCCUGAAGAGGCGCAGUCUGUCUAGGUGUCUAGUUUGUUUUCUCAACUUCGUCGUCGUCGUCCUGUUAAUCUCUGUCUGCCCUGAGUCCUUGUGGCUGGGAAUCUUAUGUGUAUCUACUACUAGUAACCUAGCAGUUUAGCUUGCUUGUUUAAAUGUGUAAUCUAGCAGUUUAGCUUGCUUGUUUAAAUGUUAGCCAUGUGCAUGCCCGUGGUUAAUUUCUUCUA